ACUAUCUCUCUAGGCGGUAACUAAGCAACGAGACGCUUCACAGUAGCUAACUUUAAAAAUGAUUUUUUUUGUAGAAGGCAGGUUAAGGCUAAAUAUAACGUUUAUUUAAACAUAGAGCUUUAGAUAUUUGAAUACAGCAAAUUGGACAAGAACUGACAGUAGUGAGAAACAUUUUUUCUUUCGGUUAAUGUAAUUUAGAAGUCGUUCGUAGCUUCAUGUUAACGUUGUUCUUCGGCUAGCUUAGCAUGACGGUUGAGCAAGUUUGCCGUUAGCAGAGACUGAAGGGGGUUAGCGGCAUCAACUCGACAAGAGGAGAGUAAAAGCUUCCAUGAAGUGAUUAAAAUAGAGAAUAAUCUUUAAAUACCUGAAGCGUGGUUAGAUAUAAUGUCAGAGGCUGGAGGUAGGGAUGACUGCAGGAUGAGUGCAGGACUUGGAGGAAAAACAGAGUCUCAAGUUUACUCUGCAACCAGAGACACACUUUUCUCAAAUCACACAACUCAGACUGGAGCACAUCCAUUGUCACUAGAAUGGGUUUUUGGGAUGAAUCCUGCUCUUCCCGCCUUCAAUCUGCAAGACCACGACCAGCUGGUGGUCCUCUAUGCUGGAGCACAUGUUGGGAUCAUAUACAAUCAUACAACAAAUUCCCAGCACAUACUUCAGGGUCACUGUCGCCCCAUCUCAUGUAUGUGUGUGAGUGAAGACAGACGCUGGAUUGCAACAGCAGACCAGGGGCCGACAAGCACGGUGAUGAUAUGGGACUCCUACUCUGGCAUUCCUGUUCAAACACUGUUCGGUUGCCACUCUGAAGGGGUCGUGACUGCAAUGGCCUUUUCAGGAGACACAAAAUAUCUGGUUACCCUGGGGGCUGAGGAGGUUCAAUGUGUGUGUAUCUGGGAUUGGACUAAUGAAAAAGAAAAGCCGUUGUGGUUUACUGAACUCAGUCCUAAACAUGGUUUUCAUGAUAACAUCAUUUUUAAUCCAAACGACAGCACUCAGCUGCUCAGCACCAGUGAGAAACACGUGUUGGUUUACAGCAGGGCCCUGGGAAGUCUGCAAUACUUUGCCUUGAAGCUUAAGGAGCAGUCCACAUUUGCUGGCGAGUCAUUCAGUCAGUCUGUGUUUCACUGGAGAAAGUCUCAGAUCAUAACAGCGACUACAGCAGGCAGCCUUGUGGUGUGGAACAUGAUGGAAGACUUUGAUGCAAACCGAAGCUUCCCAGAAGACAGAAUCCAGCUCAUUUGCAUUCAGAAAGAUCCAAUCACAGCACUCGCUGUAAUUGACAGCUGUAUCGUAAUUGGUGACACUCGAGGCCAUAUUCAUUUUUACGAUGGAGAAUUCCUGCUUCUCACCUGGUACAGUAAAUUAAAUCUGGACGCUAUUGUUUCCAUUUCCUUUUCCAAAGAGUGUACUGAGGGAUAUCAGGAGGACUGCAGUCCGGAGGCAAAACCUUUAAUCCUCAGGAACUUUGUCGUGUCCACAGUCACUUCCAUAGUGCAUGUGAAUACACAGAAGGGCACCUCUCAGAUCCUACUACAUGAGAAUGGUGAGCCUCUACAUGCAGUGGCCUGCCACCCCAGCCAGUCUGCUGUGGCCAUGGGAAACCAAAGGGGUAUUUUAAAAGUGUGGGACUAUGACAACAAAGUGAUUAUCAGCAGCAGAGUCUUUGAGACAGAGAAGCAGAUUCAGUGCGUCACUUUUGACCCUCAAGGAUUAUACCUGGCAGUUGGCUUCGAAAGUGGAGCUGUUCACAUAUUGAAUCCCAGCACUUUGCAAAGUGAUCCAGAAGAGGGUUUCCAUUUCACUAAUGACAGCAUCCAACACAUCACUUUCUCUUCAGACUCAAAGUAUCUUGCCACUGCGGAUGCUGGAAAAGCAGUGACGGUGCUCCGCUUGCAGACCAGUAAAGGCUCUGUGCCUUGUUGGACGUUUAUGGGCAGAUACCACUCCCACUACAAGCCCAUCAAAGACCUUCUUUUUGGGAUUCACCUGGACAGCACCCAACCCAGACUGCUCUCUCUGGGAACGGACCGUCGACUGGUGGAGUAUGACCUGGAAAAAAGUGACGUGAAUAAGCUACUCAUUUUGAGCUCAGAGCGCAUCGAGCAAAGUGCCGUGCCGCUGUGCAUGACUUGGUGUCCUCCCUUCAGUGCAGAGCAGUUUCUUCUUGUUGCUUCGGACCAAUACAAGAUUAAACUUUUCAACAGCACUACCAAGAUGUGCAGAAAAACUGUCCUUGGUCCAACAUAUGGCUCUCCCGUCAAGAAAGUAGUGGUGCUUCCCAUGUCUGUUGAGCCCAAGAUGAACUCACAUUACCUGGCAUACAUCACAGAGGACAAGGUGGGUCUGCAGAUUUUGCCUCUGGAUGGGAACCCCUACAAGUCCAAUGCUUUGAUCUGCCAUCCGACAGGGGUGUUUGCUUUUGCCUGCUCCCACGACGGUCGAUAUCUUUUCACUGCAGGGGGAUCUGACUGCACUGUCAUGUCUUGGGAGAUCAGCACAGAUGCAUUAGAGGCAUCAGCUGCAUUGGGAGGAAAGGACAUGGUGCCAUUUUACACUCUUCUAGAGGGAGGAAGAGAUGGCAAGUUCUACAGAGAGAUGGAGGACUUCUUCUACUACUGCCUUGUCCGCAAUCAAGGCACUGUCUCCAUGAAGGAACGACAAACGUCGACCAAAAUCCCCCUGUCAGAUGUGCCCUCUCUAAUGAGAGCUUUGGCCCACUUCCCUACUGAGCAAGAGAUAGAAGACAUGCAUAACGAGGUCAAGUUCAGCAAGUAUGCCGAAACAGGAAAGUAUGUGACGGACAUCGACCUGGAAGAGUUUAUCAAACUCUAUGUCAACCACCGACCAGCCUUCGGCAUCUCUAGUGAUGAGCUAGCCCGAACUUUUCAUGUCCUUGGUGGACGUGAUAGUACAGGACAGCUUGUUCUGCAGAAACAUGAGCUGCUAGAACUUCUACAGGCUCGAGGAGAACACAUGACAGAGGAGGAUGUAGCAGAGUGUUUUACAAUACUUUUAGGCCUCAAUGAAGAGGAAGAAAAAGAAGAAGAAGGAGCAAGAGGAGGAGGAGACCGCUCUGAGCACAACAUUAAAUCUGACUGUGGAGAUUCAAAAUAUUCACUGGAGUUGGCGAUCCCAGUUGAGAUAUCGAUGGAGACGUUUACAGGUUACAUCCUGGGCUUCCCGUCCUCAGCAGAGCAGAGAGGCAGCUCCUCAGCUACACAGUGAACCUUUUGUGUUGAUGAAGAGCCUCUUCAGUGAUUUCUUUUAAUGCCUUUAUCACAAAGUUAAAUAUUUUGAUACACCAUCUUCGCAUGCUGGUAUGGCACUGCAGCUGUCAGUUAAACAUAUGUAAGAAGAGGAAACAGCCUUUUGUUUUUUGAGAUCACAAAAUAAGAGAGGCUGGAUUUUUUAAAAUGGAUAAAUGUCACAAAUUACUUUGAUAUAAAAUGUUUUGAACCAAUUAAACUGUAUUUUCUGUUUGACAUUUGAGAUACAUUUUGUUAAAACUUCUUUUGACUCAAGUAACAUUUAAUAUGCAGAAUUUUUACUUGUAAGUAUGUUAUGGUAUUGCUCAAAUAAAGGAUGGAAACAUA